AUGGACAUCAAAAAACAGAAGGAGGAAGAUUUGCGCCAGAUUAUGUUAUGGAAGGAAGUUGUUUCUCCGUUUAAGCGUGGACUCUUCACGACUACUGAUUGGAGAAUCAACACAAAACGGCCAUUGUAUUUUCGAGAAAUCCCAGGAUACCAUGCAUGGAAUCAGUUCUUCUUUGACGUCGCGCCACCAAUCUGGCCAUUGACAGAAGCUGAACAUUUGGGAUGGUGUUGUUGGUAUCAGGAUAUGGCUGCAGCCCAGGCCAACGAUCCACCUGUUAAUCCGCUAAAUCCGACACCACGUUUUGUGAUGAACUGGAAAGCGCGCCAAUGUCCAGAUCGUUUCGAUGUGUUUGCACAAGGAGGGCCACAUCUGAAUAUUGUCCAUGAAGAUGAGUUCUCCAUGAAUAGUUAUUUUCUGUUCAAUCUGGAUUAUUGCCCGAAUUGGAAAGAGGAACAAAUGAAUGUUCUCGCGUUCUACUGUUUGGUUUUUAUGCAUCAAGGGGUUUGGGAGCCGAUCAUACCAAUUGAAAUGACAAUCGCAGCCCAAAAGCUUCGCUCACUUUGCCGCGUGCCUCUCAUGAAGUUGUUCCACAUCGAUCGUAACCCACGUUGCAAUAACGUGAGAUCAGUCCGUUCACUCUAUCCCCUUCCUUGGCCGCAGUUCGAUUUGGAGAGACAUGUGCAACUGCUCACGUUGUGGCACAAGAUGAUGGUGGACUUCGUUAUCUAUCAUUACGUCGUCAAAAAAGCUCAACGAUAA